AUGCACGAUGGUCGAGAUGACUCCGGCCAAAGGAUUGCUGCGUGCCAGUACCUCGGUGAUCGACUUGCGGAGCUUCCGCAAGCGCACGACUUCGACCAUGGCAGCGUUGACAUCAGACCGGACAAGCUAAGUAGAGACGACAGAGCUGCGCCCGUCGUGGAACUCGAAAGACGUCUAUACAACGACCUACAGACGCGCAAUCCUUCGCUCGAGGCUGCGCUCGAAAUCGCCGCGGAAGCAACGAGGCUUCACCCUUAUUUGCGGAUCGAAUUCGGGCAGCGAGUUGCCGCUGGACAAAUCUGGGACAAUGGCUGUGCAGAGAAUUAUCGCUGCGUUUUGGAAGUUGCGGCACUGUCGACUGUGGACCCUUUCUGGGGCAAGAACGACAAUGUCACGCGGUCUGCACUCAGAAUCAUUGCCAAUGUCUGCGCGGAUAACAAUGUCAACCGCUCGUAUCUGCUGUGGAAAGGCACCAUCAGAGCUUUGAAGCUGAUGACUCUGCAGAAGAGAUGUGUUGACCUGCUUGUGCCUGCCUUAUACAAUGUAUGCACAGGAUACGAUAUCCUGGCUAAGGACGAGGAAGGGCAGGACUUUACAGACUUGACCGCCACUGAGCUUGAGCUGGGCUCGAUAUUGACUUACAACGGAGAUGUAGCAGUCAGGCGGACUCCAGCGCUCCAGGUCUUGCUUGACAUCCGCGAAAAUCUUCCAGCGACCCAACUGAGCCUUCUUGCCAAGUUAUGCGACAUGGCCAGCAAAGUUCCGGUACGGGUGAUGUUUGCCGGAGCCGUUGAUGACGAGACAAUCGAUCAUAUCAGGAGCUUCUUCAUGGACCUCUGCAACGCAGUCGAGUACAUUUGCGCAGCUGACAAAGACUGCGGGAAGGCCAUGGUACAGAUAGCGUUGCGUGUCGCCUCGGGCCAAUUGGAACUUCUGGCCGAAUCGCCUUGGGUGCUGCUUACGCUACGGUCAGUGCUACAGAAUGUAAUAGACGGCAUUGAGGACUCGCACCAGUUGCAAGAAGCAUUCAUGCGCAUGAUCUACGAUGUGUCAGCUCAUCCACAGGUAUUUGGCGAUCUAUUUUUCAGAAACAGAGCCGUGUAUCGAAUGCUGCUUACAGAGCUUGAACAAACCGAUCCAGCUCCAGCUCCAGCUCACUCCUACCGCCUAGCCGCAGCGCUCGUAUUGAUGGCCAACGGCUCCGAUAGUUCAAUCCGCAUGAUGGAGACUCUGAGACGCUGCAAGAGCCUGCCAGACAAGAUCUCUCAAAUAUACGAUGCCAACACAGACGCCGCAAUCCUGCUUCCCGCCAUCGAGCUCGCAGCUCGCGUGGCUCUUAAUCCGCAAGGCCAGAUAUCAUUGCGUGACGCCCACAUGCUCGACCACAUUAGUGCACGACUUGGACGCGCUACUUCAGACGCAAGAGCCCAUCCACCUAGCGUCCUAUCUACACCAUCUCGUGCAACCACGAGACACGUACAGGCUGUCCAGCGCGGGUCCAUCUCCCUCGCACGACUUCUGUUGAAAGCCUCUUGGCCUUCAAAACCGCAAAACCUUGCUGAUCUAAAUGUCCUCGCUGCGCUAACAACAGCAAUAACAGCGCUCGCCGCCACGAGUCGCAGUGCUACGAUACGAUUUGAAGCAGGGUUGUUCUGCGUCGAGCUUCUGCGCCACGUCUCCUCUCCCGAAUCCCAAUUUCCACAGGCCCAACCAGCCACGCCGGACUCUGCAGCGACAUCCCUUCUGGUACCUCAAUCUACCCUCCUUGCCCCAAUUCUCGCCCUCACACUCGACUCAACAUCCCAGCUCACGCGCGCUGCGGGCGUCUUUGGCUUAGCUCUGCUUCUCUCGAUGCGCGCGGAGCCAGCCGAGAAGAAAAGAAUGAUAGAAGGUCUCAUCAAUUCCCGGACAAAGCUGAUGAAGGUCUUUCGCGAUGGCAUCGUUGACCCAUUCUUGCAGCGGAGUAAUGGCGGAAAUGGGAGCGGAGCGGGAGUUGCAUCAAACCCAUCGCAACGGAGGACCGAGGAUGACGAACUCGCGAAUGUGAAUGUCGUCGUUGCGCGGAGUUUGGAGAUACUUCGGGCAGAUCGGAGGACAGGAGAUUUGGAUCUGGGCGGGGCAGAUGAGCUGCGCGGGGCAGAUGAGCUGCGCGGGGCAGAUGAGCUGCGCGAAGCGCUCGUAGAACUGGCGGGGAGGUUAGGUGUUCAAUCCUCCUCCGCCAUACCUAUGCCCACCUUUGUCCAGGGCUGGUCCGACGCCGCCCGGCCCGCCCUAAAGUGGCCUUGGGCCAGUUCGGCACACCUGACGUAA